CUCUCCCUUCCCCUUUUCUUUAAUUUCGCUAUUUUUUUUCUAAUUGGCCUUCUUUCCGCGCGAUAUAUUAUUCGGUCUGUAGACGCUCGAGAACGCACUUAGAACUCGCGCGCUCUCGCGAGAAGCCUUUGAGGUGAGAUCCUGGAUCGAUCAUUUUAUUUUCUUUUUUUUUCGCGGACAAGAUCUUAGAGAUCGUGCUGAGCUUUUCCUUAUCCGAAAGUUGAGAAAACGGUCAAGAACGGGGUGGGCAGACAGAGCAAGAGAGAGAGAGAGAGAGAGAGAGAGAGAGAGAGAGAGAGAGAGAGAGAGAGAGAGAGAGAGAGAGAGAGAGAAAGAGAAGAAGAAGGAAAGGCUACUUUCGCUUACGUCGAAGUGUCACGAAGAUUGUUGUGUGUGUUACGGUUUUUGGACCAACGUUGAUCAUUCGUGCGAUCCUCUGGUAGCUAAAACGAGGUGAUCGCCGUGGGAGUGAUAGACUUCGCUCCGGGAGAUUCCGUCCAAAGAAGAUUUCAGGAUAGCUCUCUGGCAACAUGUCGAUUAUAAUGCAGUACAUAGACCGGUUCCACGAUAUGUUGGACAAACACGCAGAUACAAGGACGACCGAUUGGUUGCUGAUGAGUUCACCCUUUCCUACAUUGUUCAUUUGCAUCAGUUAUGUUUACGUCGUCAAAGUACUGGGUCCGAAGCUAAUGGAGAACCGGAAACCUUUCCAGCUUAAGAAUACUUUGAUAGCCUACAAUCUGUUUCAAGUGAUCUUUUCUGCGUGGCUGUUUUAUGAGAUAGGGAUAUCCGGCUGGCUGACUGGAGACUAUUCCCUAAGGUGUCAACCCGUAGACUACAGCGACAGCCCUGAAGUAUUAAGGAUGGUCCACGCAAGCUGGUGGUAUUACUUUUCGAAAUUUACCGAAUUCAUGGACACGAUUUUCUUUGUGCUGAGAAAGAAGAACAAUCACGUGUCUACGCUGCAUGUGAUUCAUCAUGGUUGUAUGCCCAUGUCGGUUUGGUUCGGUGUCAAGUUCACCCCUGGCGGCCACUCGACCUUCUUCGGUUUAUUAAACACCUUUGUUCACAUCGUGAUGUAUACGUAUUAUCUUCUGGCGGCGAUGGGUCCAAAGAUACAACCAUAUCUUUGGUGGAAGAAAUAUCUGACUGCAUUCCAGAUGAUACAGUUCAUCGCCAUCAUGGUUCAUGCCUUCCAGUUGCUCUUCAUCGAUUGCAACUAUCCGAAGGCGUUUGUCUGGUGGAUCGGUCUUCACGCCGUCAUGUUCCUCUUCCUGUUCAAGGAGUUCUACCAGCAAAGUUACCAGGAGAAGAAGCCCAGGAAAUCGAAAGCCGCGGUGGCAAACGGCGUGAUCGCUAAUGGCAAUCAAUCGAAUGGCAAACACGCGAACGGCAUCGCUAAUGGCGUCACCAAUGGCAUCGCCAACGGCGUUGCGAACGGCAUUGCAAACGGCAGUAUCGCUAACGGCGUCGCCAACGGUUCCUCACCCAGGAGGAGGGAUGCCGCUGAUUAUUACGUGAAUGGCGAAAGCUUAGCGACGGAGCUCAGCCUCCGAAAAUCGUUCGCAAAUGUCGAGUGACUUUCGAGCGAACGUUUAGCCUAGUCGAUCUUCUCUCUCGCCACGCGACGUCGUGUUUUUUCUUUCCGCGGAAAGGUCGAAGGAUCCAGCGGGCUUUCUUUUCUCUCUCUCUCUCUCUCUCUUUCUUUCUUUAUCCUUAAUCUGUCAAUAUCACGCGAAGGGUCAAAGGUUUCACCGAGAUCGACGUAUUUCUUUAUUAAAAGAAAAAAAAAAGUACAAAAUUGCGUCGCACGUUUUCGGCUCGCGGUACAAAUAUUGAUGUUUUACGGACACGCGUGGCAACUCUCUAGUUAGCUAGCUCUAGCUAAAAUCGCACAGCAGAAGGACGCUCGGACGGAUCGUAUCUUGAUGCUCCUACGAGUGUAAAAAGCCGAUUUUUUUAACAUAGAAAGUUUGAGCAAGGCGAAUGAACAAGUGUCCAAUUUUUAGAUACUCUGAUGAUAAUGUACGUCCUGCUUGAAUAGUGAACAGUUCGGUUGACAAUCAGCUGACAAUUCGCGAGCGGAAAUUGAUUUUCCUCAAUGAUUAUAGGAAAAAAAGAGUCGUUUAUGUCAGAAAUAAAUAUAAAUUGAAUUACACGAAAACGAUUUACUUCGUAAUCUUUGUAUGCUGACGUUUAUAGUUGUAGCAUCAAGGAACAAGUUAGGUGACUUUGAUGAAGUUAUACACAAAAGAAAUAGAGAAGAAUCGGGAAAGAACGCAAUGAAUACGACACAAUAAAAAUUAUCUUUCUGGGAAUCCCGGUAGUUACGUCGGCCAAUGAAUCAUCGCGUCUUUAUCGCAUCAGCAUUCCUUAUUCGCCGCUUUCGCAAAUUGGAAAUACAAUACUUGGAUGAUCGUCUUCGACAAUCGUCCCUUUCUCCACGAUGUCGGGAAAAAUGUCCUUUCCAUUUCGAUAAAAAUAAACUCUGCCAAUAUUUUAUGAUCGCUCGCUCGUGUGUACUCCUGGUAGAAAUUCGCGAUAUACGGGAAUGUAUCGGACGCGAUCACGUUAUGUAAAAGAAGAAAUUACGUGAAUAACGGUAAAUUACAAUAGCCGCAUUUUGACACGGUACAUAAAAAACCGUUACAUAAAAAAAAAUGAGAGAUCCUUUUGUUUAUAUAUUGGUCGUGCGUAGAAACACAUGGUUCGUCAAAAGAGUCUGGUGACCUUAACCGAGCUGGAUGAUCAGACGAAUGGAUUUUUAUGCGAGAUUUCAUCAGCGUAGAAGGACCACGAGGAAUGCUCUUUGUGAUAAAAGUCACGGUCGUUGGACAUCCGGUUAUAUUCGCAAUAUUAAAGCGAUGCUAUGCGAAUUAUUGUCUCGUCAGAGUUUACUGAACCCUGCUCAUUCGUCUUUCUCUCUCUCUUUCUCUUUCGCUAUUAUGUAGAUCCUAAAAGUUUUAUUUACUGUACAUUAGUAUCACACACAAUGGUUAUUUAUAAUCCAAAAUAUUAUUUAAUCAAAUUAAAAAUUGGAGUUUAUUUUAUUAUAUAAUAUUAUGAAUUAAUUUUUUUAUACAAUUAAAACAGUCCGUAAUGAAUCAGCUUAAGCUUACCCAAUCGAAUCGUAAAUCCUCAAGAGUACGGAUGUUAGUGUUGAACGAAACGGGAGUAAGAAGGAUACGAUCCUGUCAGCGUGUCCUGAGAAGAUAGGCGUGCCUUUGCUCAAUACUUAAAGCUCAAAAACAUCGGUUAGAAAUAUCAAUAACCGACUUCUGUGAUUGUCGACUCGCGAGAGGGACUCUGACCCUCUACUUUUCCUCCUUCUUCCUUCGUGUCCCCAAAAUGGUCGACGUCCGGUCCUGGCAUCACGACGCCUUCAUCGCGGAUCAUUUCGCUGUUUUUGGUUGUCACUAUUUAACGCAUGUGAAUACGCGAAGCGAGUGCGUUAGAUUGCUCUGCUAUAAUUGUCAGUUCUUUGACUUGUAUUGAGAAUCUCUUAAGGAUAUGCAGCAAUAUUGAACCACAUCCUCGAAAGAAUUUGGACUAUCGAUUUAAGUAGGAUGAUGUUAUUUAAGAUAAGACAAUAAUCGAUAAAUUAAAUUAUAAAAAAAUGAGUAUGAGUUGAAAAAAGACUGAUAAGUAUUUUCUUUGCAAUGUUUAAUUUGUAUGUCAAAAAUUGGAUAUGAAGAUUGGAAAUAUUCAUAUUAUCAGUUCUUUUAAGCUCUCUUAAACCGAAGUCAAAGAAUUAAAACGAUGAUCAAAACAGCAGGCGUGUCUCGCUCGCUUCGCGCAUUUCAUAUAAUAUAAUACAUAGCGUCUUGUACAUAUAGGUAAGUUAGUUUUAUAUUACGUUAAAAGAAGAGAGAGUUCGAUGUGCGACGGUCGCCGAGCUACACUUUCGCGCUAUCGAAAUGAUUAAAAAAAAAAAAAAAAAUCGAAUUGAUGGGUUAGAGUGCUAAUUUAUAUAAAUCCACAUGCGUGUAUGUAUAAGAGGCGAAAAUUGUAUAAAUAAAAUCGCGCUAGGAUGGACGAGUUAUAGAGUUGCGGCUACGUACAUAAGAGAAAAAAGAAAAAGAAAAAAAAAAAUUGUGUCAAAGAAACGACUUGAGGUUUCGACUUUUCUUAAACCUCCAGUUCGAUUACUGCCCUUCCUUCGAAUCUUAUAAUUGGAAUAAUGUAGAUUAUGGCGUGUGCAAUUGAAGAGCUUAUUUCUAUAUAAAUAAACUUGAUUUAACAUAUUCUCUUCCCUUUUAUAAACAAGUAGAAAUAUAUCCUUGAAUAUUUAUUGCGCCAGAUCUCAUAUCAUUUUUAUUGACAAGGAACAUAAUUCUGUCAAAGAUUAAUUUCUUCUGUUAUCUAAAUUGAUAAUAAGCUCUUCGAUCGCAAUCUAUUUGCAAUAAUUUUAUACAUAUGUACCGUACGUGAGCAUUCAUGCGACUAUUUAAAUUUACAAUUUAUAGUUUGUGGAAUAUCAUCGUUGAAUUUUUUUCUUAAUUAAAUAUCGGCCAAAAUACAAUUACAGCAACCAUAAAAUAGAUAUUGAAUGCAUAUGUAUGGUACAAAAAGCGAAAUAUAUGGACAAUCCGGCGAACUUAUUCUCAGUCGGUCGAGAACUUGAAGUUAUUUUGUUGCAAGUGACUCGUCGAGGUGGGAUACGCCGAAAGCGAUUUAUGGGCAUGCGCCGCAAAUCUCGUGAGAGAGUGAUCUGUGAAAAUUCCAAGUGCUCUUACAUCGGGAGAACUCUAUAUUUUAUUGUAACAAAAAUUAAUUAAUCGUACAAUUGGUUCAUUACGUGUAUUACGUGACAUAUUUUUGCGAAAAAUAUAAGUCUAUUUACUA